AUGGGAAUUUUUGAGAGUAUCAUCAGCUCCGCCGCGGAUAUAUUCCAAGGUGCAGAUGAACGAUCUGUACGCAGAUUAAUUGGAACAAUUCUCGAGCGCAUUAAGCGUUCUCCCGACCUCAUAAACCCUAAUUUACUCCUGGAAACUGUCAUAUCUCUGACAAAGUCUGUCCUCUCCUCUGUAUUUGGAGCGGUCGGAAGUGUCUCAAGCAUACGAGAGGCUGUGUUCAGGAACGAGAUCAAUGCAACGACCCUGAUCCUGGUCAGAGACCAGGCCGCUGAACUCGCGAAGUUUGUAUUGGACCUCGUGGAAGCUUCAAAAUGCUACUACAUGACGAAUGGACAAAAUGAUCUGCAGGAUGAGCAUGUGCUGUAUGCCGAGUUCAAUGAACUUGACUUCUCCGUGCGCAGGAACCAACAUGCUGCAAUAUGUCAAAUUCAAAGAUUGAAGAAAUCAGUCAUCUACAUCCUGCAGAAUCUGUUCAAGCCGGUAAAUUUCGGAGACAUCCACAUGAGUGAAGAAACCAAACUUCAGAGCGACCUGGGUUCAGGGCUCCCGGUGCCCCACAAAACAACACCAUCAGCUGAGCCAGUAAGCAAUAGGGUGGUGGAAAGGAAUAGGAGCGGGAAAAAGACCAAUCCAAAGGGUGAUGUGGAAGUCAGCGAAAGAGGAGAGAAAUGGCUCUUCGUUAAUGGAAUUGGCGGAGAGAUAUUCUGGCUGCAGCUUGCCUGCAAUAAAUUGAGAGCAAUGUUCUCAAGGGAGAUCAACUGGGUUUUCAACAGGGGCGAUGGUCUCCUCUGGGAUCUCAUCGAGUGCGCAGGCGAAAGAAACUCAUACGUGCAGAAUCCUAAUACAGAUAGCACAACGACGAGCAUAGAUGCGGAUGGUGUUGUAGGAGGGCAAGGAAACCUUAUUGACAGCACAGCCAGCAGCAAAGAGGCUCAAGAGGCCCUCCACAAGGAGCUCUUAAAGGCACUCCGCGAAGCUCAUGAGAAACAAUAUGUUAUUAUGAUCGCUCAUUCUCAAGGAUGUCUUAUCCUCCGUCGUGUCCUGGAAGACUUGAUCACUGCUGCAACAAAGAACUCCACCAUUCAAAAGAAACUGCAAGAGCAACUUUGCAUUUUUACCUUUGGAAAUCCAAGCCUGCACUGGAAAACCCAAGGGAAACAUCCUAGUGUGCCAUCUGGUACUGAUGGGACGAACCUUAGCUCACAUAUCCUCCGAACCGAACAUUUCGCUAACCGGCGAGACUUUGUAGCACGACUCGGUGUUCUGAGUGAAGAUUCCGAGUAUGGGUCAGAUGAGAUAUUUAUCAAUGAAAGAGAGGACUGGAUUGGCCAUCUUUUCGGUAUACAGUACAGUUUUAACUCUGACCACUACCAAAAUUCACACCAUCAACAUUCCUGGCUUUUGGGCUGUCGCUUUGGGAGAAGUCUUGAUGAGGCUAGAGCGAGGCCGAUCACACAAUAA